ACCAUAUCAUGUGACCGAGAGAUCAAAGAUACCUUUAGAGACCUGAACUUUGUCACUGUCAAUGGAAACAUAGCCAACAUGGGAGUUGCUAUAACUGAGGAAAUGGAUAGCAAAUCAUGCAACUGCUCAGCCAGCCACACAUCAAAUCUCUACAGACUUCAAAGCUCGCUGAGAUUAUCAGUGAUAGGUAACGAGGAUUUUAUAUGAUUUCUCAUAAAUAUAUCUCAUACAUACAUAUUAACUGGUUAGAAUUAAAAUUUUAAAGUUGUAUUUGUAAUAACAAUUAUUUUUUCGUAAGUUAUUUUCUUUUAAAAUAAAACUUCAUCUAUGUAUAGCUCCAGCCAAAGUCAAAGAGUUAACUUUCACCAACGCAGUCUCAAACGGAAAUGUCUUAGAGUUUGAUGCUAAUCAACAAUUACGGAUGACAUGUUCUGCUUCGGGAAACCCCACACCUUCACUGUCUCUAUACUACACAGAUGCUCAACACUUACUUAAUAGGGUAUUUAUUUGUUAUUGUCUUUCUUUCCUGUAAUAUUCUAAAUGGCUUUAGAACAUUUUAAAAAAUUAUUAAUGAAAUAGCAUUUGCCUUUUGUUAGAUAGUUUGUAGAGCUUUUUUUUCAAACAACGAGCUUAUAUUUCGAUUAUAAUACUAAGAACAUUUAUAUUUUUUUUAAAAAAUUGUUAUCAACGAAGAGAAGAAUAACAUCUACAGACUUUACUAGUCUAGACCAGAGUUAAGGAACCUGCAGCCACAUGCUGCAUGAUUCAACGUUUAAUGCGUCCACCAAGACAUUCUCAGAACUGGAUGAAUGUUUACCUUAAAAAUAUACCAAUAGUGAAUGACGACCUGUAAAAUAUUUUGAUAUUUUUUUUAUAAAAGUUUAAGAUGGUCAAACUGGUAUUUAGAUUUACAGAAAUUUAAUAUAUAUAUAUAUAUAUAUAUAUAUAUAUAUAUAUAUAUUUCACUUUUUUUUUCCUAAAUCAAUAUUUAUUGUUGUUUAUAUAAUUUAUCAUAGUGUCCAUACCUUUAUAAAAUAUAUAUUUAUAUUUUUUUUUUAUAAGAUUAUGAGAGUGAAAAUGUUGUAUAUAUAUAUAGAGAUAUAAUAUAUAUAUAUAUAUAUAUAUAUAUAUAUAUAUAUAUAUUUCACUGUUGAUUUCCGAAAUCAAUCUUUAUUGUCGUUUAUAAAAUUUAUCAUAGGGUCCAUACCAUUAUAAAAGAAAAUGCUUUUCAGGCUGCUCUUUAAACAAAAGUGAAACGACUCAUGUACAUUUUAGACAAUUAAAACAAUUCUAUUAUUUAUUAGAAUUAGAAUUUCUUGGUAAGUAUAAAUUAUAAUUUUGAAUAUGAAAUAAUCAGGUGACAAUAAAUAUAAGCGAGCGCCACUCUGUUCACCAAGCAGUUGAACUUUGAUCCUAUGCCGGGAAAUCUCAUAUCACCCUUGUUAGCAAAUUCACUUAAAAUCGAACACUGACGAGUCUAGAAAUUUGCACCAAAAAGCGUAAUACGUCCAUUAGUUUCUUUUCUCCGAAAUUCUUUAGCCCAUGCCUAAUAUAAGUACCUUUAGAGAUUUAAUGUCACCCUGACCAGUCUAAAACGCCCCUACCCCUUUUGAAAUUUAAAAUAUAAUUAAAUUUCCUCAUAAUCCGCAAAUUUAAACCACGUGUGGUGUAUUCUCCACAUUGGGAAACACUAAUAAAUGUAUUAUCGAUUUUAGGAAACUGGAUAUCAACUUAGCCACACAAUAAGGACUUCCUGUAACGACAGUGGUGUAUAUAUAUGUGCAGCGUCCAACAUC